GACAUUUUUUAAAUCAUGGUGUCUUAGUGUUUCCUAGUUUGGUUUUGUUCACUCUUCCAUGGUGGAGUUGAGAAAGCAAAGUGCCCAAAGGUGAGGAAAGGAGCCCACUAGAGAUUGAGCAACAAAGAUCUUUAAAGACAAGGCUCAAUCUAGAUUGAAAAAGACUGCUGACAAGCGUUGUAGUAAUGGAACCUUGGAGGUGGAAUAGACUGAGUGUAAAAGGCUAUUGGCAAUACUGCCAAGGAAGCAAGGGCUCAUAUUGUAACAGGUGCAAAGCUUGCCGGUGGUCUUUAAUUGUUGAGUUCUGAGAAGGGAAAAGGCCGUAAAGAAAAUGGUGGUCAGAAAAUGGUGUGUUCUCAUUCAUGCCGCUUCUAGGUAUUCCAGUCAAGCUUUCUCAUUUCAGCUAUAUGCUUGGCUGGAGCUUCUUCUUGAUUCUCUCUACCCAACUGAUGUUGUCAAUACCAUGAUCAAGGUAGGUGACUACAAGAUCCCCAAAUUCUCUGGCUCCAAUGAUACGUUCAGAAGGAUCCGUGGUUCACAGGGUGUAAAAGGCCUUUAUAAGUGUUUUGGCCCUGCCAUGGCUUGAAAUGUCCCAGCCAAUGCAGCAUGCUUCUUGGCGUAUGAAGUGACAAACCUGAUUUGUAAAAGGCAGCUAUCAUGAACGAACUUGAAAAGCUGGUGAACAAGUGGGCUUUUGAAGCUAUUAAGCAUCAAAAAGAGGAGGAUAGGAAAGUGGGCUGUUAAAAUGUUAAUUAUCUUUCUAAGAUCCAGGCUUUGAUAAUUUUUUUGUAGUGAUUGACUGUGUCUUUUGGCAGUUCAUGUCAUGUUUCAUGUUUUGAUCUCAAUUUUUGCAAAUGAUUAAAUUUACUAGACACUUUCUGCUGCCGACCUCCGAGACCCAGAGAUUUCUUCACUUAUAGCAACUACAAUGAGAGAGUUCCAGUUUGGAGAUAAGAGGUUCCAAAGAUAUCCUUCUUUAGCAAAGAUUGAGGUAUGGAUACGGUAAUUUGAAAUUGUGCUGAUUUAUUUUCCUUUUAUUGGAUUCAAUUUGAAAGGCAAGUAAGUCAAUGUGUUGAUUUGCUUAUUGCCACGGCCUGGCUAGUCUGGCCAAGAAGUUGUAUUCCGCAGAAGAUGCAGAAUAAUUUCAAUUGGACACG